GUCGUGUAGAGGCCACGAGGGUAGAGACACGACGUUCUUCUCCCUUUCUCAUCGGCCCAGAUUGCAGCCCGACUCUCCCAUGUCCAAUCUUUAGACUGCCGAUUACUUCAAUCAUGGCACCCUCCAUACGGUCCUUACUAAUUGGGCUCCUGCCCCUCGUCUCUGCCCAAGGUUGUCCUUAUGCCAGCGUUGGCAAGCGAGACCUCUUGGCCGCCAGAGGGGACGAACCAUCCCUCACCACGCUCGCUAACUCUUUCGGCAAGUGCCCCUCCAUCAGCGACGCAGGCGGUGGUGGGACUCGGAGUCAUGACUGGUGGCCCUGUCAGCUGAAGCUGGAUGUUCUCCGCCAGUUUUCACCUGAACAGAAUCCCUUCGGGGGUAACUUUGAAUAUGCCGACGCUUUCGAUAAGCUCGACUAUCAGGCCCUCAAGUCGGAUCUCAAAGACUUGUUGCACUCGUCGCAGCCUUGGUGGCCAGCAGACUUCGGCACCUAUGGUGGUCUAUUCAUUCGUCUGUCUUGGCACAGUGCGGGUACCUACCGCGCCGUUGAUGGACGUGGGGGUGGUGGCAUGGGUCAGCAACGCUUUGCUCCGCUGAACAGUUGGCCCGAUAACGGAAAUCUUGACAAAGCCCGCCGUCUACUGUGGCCCCUCAAGAAGAAGUAUGGCAAGUCCAUCUCAUGGGCCGAUUUGAUGCUCUUUGCCGGUAACGUAGCCCUCGAGGAUAUGGGCUUCCCUGUCCUUGGUUUUGGAGCUGGUCGUCCCGAUACGUGGCAGUCGGAUGAGAGCGUCUUCUGGGGUGCCGAGACAACCUUCGUUCCUGAAGGAAAUGACAUCCGGUAUAAUGGUAGUACCGACUUCGUAGGGCGCGCCAACAAAUUAGAGGAGCCUCUUGCCGCUACUCAUAUGGGCCUCAUCUACGUCAACCCACAAGGCCCUAAUGGUAAUGGUGAUCCUAAGAUGUCAGCCCUCGACAUUCGUGAGGCUUUCGGCCGAAUGGGUAUGAAUGACUCCGAGACCGUUGCCCUGAUAGCCGGAGGUCACGCCUUUGGCAAGGCACACGGCGCAACUACCGCAGCCUUGGGUCCUCCUCCAGAAGGUGCUCCCCUUGAAGCGCAGGAUUUUGGAUGGGCCAACAGCGUUGGCACUGGAAAUGCUGAUGACGCCGUCACCAGUGGGCUUGAAGUUAUCUGGUCAAAGACGCCAACGAAAUGGAGCAAUGACUAUCUGAACAGCCUCUUUCAUAACAACUGGACUUUGACCAAAAGCCCUGCAGGCGCCUUGCAGUACAUAGCAUUGGACAGCACUGUUGACUACCCUGAUCCAUUCAACCACACGUUCCGCCACGCCACUAUGCUGGUCAGCGAUCUUGCACUACUUGUUGAUCCCGUUUACAGCGUCAUUGCCAAGUCCUGGGUGAAUGACUUCCCCAAACUGACCAAUGCCUUUGCCGCCGCAUGGUUCAAGCUCCUUCACCGUGAUAUGGGUCCCAUUGCCCGCUACCUUGGCCCCGAGGUGCCCAAGCAGCAUUUCAUCUGGCAAGAUCCCCUCCCCAAAGCGAAUUAUGACUCCAUCAAUGAUGCCGACGUGAAAACAUUGAAGGCACAAAUCCUUGCCGCCCCUGGUUUGACCAUUUCAAGCCUCGUCUCUGUGGCGUGGGGCUCUGCCUCGACCUUCCGUGGCGGUGACAAGCGCGGUGGUGCUAAUGGCGCUCGCAUUGCCUUGCAACCACAGGCUUCGUGGGCAGUGAACAACCCCAAACAGCUAAAGACAGUCCUGGCCGCCUUGAAUACAAUUAAGACCAACUUCAACAAUGCCCACCAUAACAAGCAAGUCUCGCUGGCUGAUCUUAUCGUCCUCGGCGGAUGCGGAGCUGUUGAGCAGGCUGCUGCUGCCGCUGGCUACAAUAACCUCGAAGUGCCAUUCACUGUUGGCCGUGUGGACGCCACCCAGGAUAUGACAGAUAUUGCCAGCUUCGAGAACCUCAACCCGCAGGGCGACGGUUUCCGCAACUUCCGCAACAGCUCUGGCUGGGCCCUUGCCCGCACCGAGGAGCUCCUCGUCGACAAAGCACAGCAGCUGACGCUGACGGCACCCGAGAUGACGGUGCUCGUUGGUGGUAUGCGUGCCCUCAGCGCUAACUAUGAUGGCUCUUCAAAAGGUAUCCUAACGAGCAGCCCUGGCAAGCUCACCAACGACUUCUUCACCAACCUGCUUGAUAUCAGCACGGUGUGGACCCCGGACUCCACCGGUGAGCUGUACACGGGCAAGGACCGCGCCACGAGCAAAACAAAGUGGACGGCUACGCGUGCAGAUCUCGUCUUCGGCUCACAUGCCGAACUGAGGGCCAUUGCUGAGGUCUACGCAGAGGCCGGUGGGCAGGACCAGAUGGUGGCUGACUUUGCAGCAGCCUGGGUCAAGGUCAUGAACCUGGACCGAUUCGAUGUCAAGAAAUAAGGGAAAUUGCAUUGGAAGGGGCGCUAAAAGAGCUGACUAGGCUAGCCAGCCGCUGCUGUGUCAGAUACUGUAAUAUACCGGUGGAUGACGAGACUUUUGUGUAAAGUUAUUUAUCUUGUGAAUAAUUAAAUUCUUUUUUGUGUUCGUCAACUGCUUUGUCUCGCUCUUGAAGUGAUGCU